AUGUGUGACUCUGUCUACGAGGCUGGGACAGGCUAUGAGAGGGACUAUAAGGCACUUGCCCAAGAAACUGCUCAAGAAGUUUUAGAAUACAGUCAAGACACAUCAGGCUGGAAAGUGGUUUAGACUUCAAAAAAGAUAACUGUUUCCAGCAAGGCUUCUAAAAAAUUCCAUGGAAAUCUAUAUCGUGUUGAAGGAAUAAUUCCAGAAUCAACAACUAAACUGAUUUCCUCUACAAACCUGAAAACAGUUGCAUGGGAUAAAUCAUUGAAAAAAGUGUAUAAUAUGGUACACAAGAUUGAUUCAGACACAUUGAUAUGUCAUACCAUUACACCAAGUUUCGCCAUGGGCUCAAUUUCCCCCCGAGACUUUAUCGACUUAGUGUACCUCGAGCACUACGAAGGGAAUAUGGAUAUUAUCAGUUGUAAAUCUUUGGACUCAGAUAAAUGUAAGGAAUUUUCAAAUUUUCAAAUUUUCAAAAUUUGUGGCUAUAUAUGUUCUCCUCUGCAAGAGAACCCAGCACAUUCCAAACUAGUGAUGUUUAUCCAGACAGAAAUGAGAGGAAAAUUGUCCCCAUCAAUAAUUGAAGCAACCAUGCCUUCCAACUUAGUAAGCUUCGUCCUCAAUGCAAAGGAUGGAAUCAGCCACUCAGCUCCAGUAGGACGUGGAUACCAUCAUAGUGGUCACUCAUCAUUCCUAAAGGAGUGA